AUGCAGAAUGCGGAGCAGAGAAGGCUCGAACUUCAACGCAAGAAGCAGAAACUUGCGGAGCUGAAAUCGAUACGGCAGAAAGACGAAGAGUCUCGCGUUCAAAAUUUGCUCCGUACCAACGAGAACGGAGCUGCACAGAAUGGAGCUUCGCAUCGCCAAACGCUUUCCUCCGAACAAGUAAGCAUUGUUAAUAAAAUUCAUGUAACGGAACAGUCUUUGCAGAUGGAGGAAAUUCUUCGCGAAGUGGGCAUCUCCGCCGAACCAACGAUUCGAGAAGAAUCCCCAGCGCCGCCCCGUGGAGCUCACGCUGAGAAUCAUCUGAAUCCAAUGUCUGCUUCUGCAAGUAAUCCACGAAUCUCAUCUCUUCUCUCUGUGGACUUGGAGUUUUCGACAGUUCAAACUGCAUCAACUGAUAACAAAGAUUCGGCCAUCUACUCAAAAGGAACCCAAACAGAUGAUGAACGUAUCUCUGUUGGCGAGUUCUCACUUGGUAGUCAAGAAUUCGAUUACGAUGAUGAUAUGAUUAUGCCGGUCGAUCAUGGUCAGUUCAGAGGUCGAGCUCAUUCCCACGAUCAAGACUCGCCUCUCCCAUACAAUGAAGAGAUUGCCAAACUUCUGGGUCAGGCAAAACACGUGGAUAAGGCUCUACAACGACAGGAUACAGAAGAAAAGAAGUCGACGCAUGUGCAAACCGUUCAGCCACUUAGCGAAGAAGAGAGAAAUAGGCUGACACUAGAUCCAGAAUUCUUGGACUCAUUCAACCGUUCGUGCAAAGUUAUCGGCCGUGCGCUUAACGAAGACAUUGACAUUUUUAUCAACUAUACUAAAGAUCCAUACGAGAAAGCAGUGGCUUCUGAUGAUCUUCUUCAUUUGGCUCAAGUCUAUUACGAUGAGACGUGGACGGCGAAACGAUUGGUAACCGGAAUGGCAUUCUCGGAACAUCAUCCAGAUUUACUUGCGGUUUCUUAUGGACCAUGUGACGUUCCAAAUGAGCCACCGGGUGUCAUCGUUGUUUGGAAUACGAAAUCAAAACGAAUUACCGCCGAAUUCAUCGUCUACUGUCAGUCAGAAAUUCAAUCUGUAGCUUUUGCUCGAUUUCACGCUCAUUUGCUUCUCGCAGGAUGUGAAUCUGGUCAGAUUUGUGUUUGGGAUAAUAGGUUGACGAGUCGUAAGUUGCCCAUAAACAGAAGUCCACUCACAACACAAGCACACACACAACCAGUUUCGUGUCUCGCAGUUGUGGGUACCAAAAACGCUCAUAAUUUCGUUUCAUUGAGUCGAGACGGACGGAUUUGCAGUUGGAAUGUUGACAAUUUAACACAGCCAGUGGAUGGAAAGGAGUUGAUGACAAAAGAAGGAAAACCAGCUUCUGCCACAAGAAUGUCGUUCCCAAUUGGUGAGAUGCAAACGUUUGUAGUUGGAACAGAUACUGGAGAGAUUCUGGCAGCAUCGAGGAACGGAGCAGAUCCGGCUGUCAUCAAAACUGACGUUUGUUACAAAGGACACAGCGGUACUCUAACGGGUAUUGAAUUCCAUCGUGCUUCCGGUGUCGUUGACUUCUCCCAUCUCUUCAUCUCGUCGUCACACGACUGGACCAUCAAAUUAUGGAGCACCAAGGAUGCAAAUCUGAAGUUCUCCUUUGAAUCCCACCCAGAUCUUGUACUUGAUGUCGCCUGGUCUCCAGUCCAUCCUGCUGUUUUUGCAUCCAUUGACGCCGAUGGAAACAUCUUCGUAUGGAAUCUGAACGAAGAUGUGGAAGGUCCAGUGGCACGACUUCGAGCAGGUGCAGAAGGAGACACGGUGUACAUGAACAAGCUGAUCUGGUCGGCUGAUGGUAAACACGUGUUUGUUGGAGACGAUGAGGGUCGUGUGCAUAUGUACGAUGUUCGAGAAAGUUUGUACGUUCUGAAAAGUGAAGAAUGGAAUAGAUUUGCUAGAGUGCUAUCCGACAUGAAAGAAUCCAACGAGGAGGCAGAGAAAUAUAACAUGUAA